AUGGAAGCGAUUGUGCUACUAACAACUGGUGAGAUGAAGAACGUCAAGGUCAAUGACGCUGUGGAGAAAGAGAAGAAGAUCUUCCGCAUUCAAGUUUCCAAAACUAAGAAACCACUCUUCUUCUACCUUAAUCUCGCUAAGAAACAAUUGAAAACGGACAAUGAUGUUGAGCUCUGUGCACUUGGCACGGCUAUUCCAACUAUAAUAAUCAUGUCUGAGAUUUUGAAACGCAAUGGAUGGGCAAUUGAGAAAAGUAUAGUGGCAUGCACUAUUGAGGCUAAGGAAGACAAAGAAGGUCGGGUAGGGGCUCCAAAGGCUAAGCUUGAUAUUCUGUUGGGAAAGGCUAAGACUGUUGACCAAAGCACUGAUGGUUCAGCAUAG